AUGUUCGUUGUUGGGGGUCUUCUAUUAAUAGUUUGCAUAAUCGGGUUUGUCGGUGUUUCUAAUGGAAAAUCUUCUCUACUUCUAACAUUCAUUACUGGUGUUCUGGCUCUAUGCUUUUCAAAUGUCCUUACUGAAUGGCUUGCUGACAGAUUGAUGUUUACCAUGCAGACACAGUAUUAUCAUGAUACUGAGGAUGUUGAUGCUGCUGUAGAUCAAAUACAGCAAAAGUUUAAGUGUUGUGGAUCGCGAACUUUUCGAGACUGGAGUGAAAGCGUCUUCCAAAAUAAUUCCAAGCAAAAAGAUAACUUACCGCAUCCUGAAUAUUCCUUGGUUGUCCCUGAUUCUUGCUGUGUAAGAUCAGUAAAAAACUGUGGAAAACUGCCACACCCGUCAAAUGUGUACUAUGAGGGGUGUAUGGAAUCAAUACUUCUUAAUCUACGAGAACAAUACUAUAUAAUCUGCGUGGUAGCACUUGCACUUGUUUUUGUCGAGUUUUUCGGUGUGAUAUUAGCUUGCUGCUAUUCGAAGGCGCCAAAGAUGAGUCAGUGA